UUAUUUCAGCCUCCCCAAUCGGCUCUCGUUCUCAACUCUGAGCCCUCACUUUCCCAAAAAAAAAAAAAAAAAAAAAAAAAAAAGAGGUCUGAACUUGCUCUCUCUCUUUGCAACUGCAAACUACAAAAUCAGAAGUUCAAAACCCAUAUAUUUCAGUUUAUGUAUCUGUCUGCAAGAAUCAAAAGUUCAAAACCUAUUACCUAUAUCAAAACCCAUAUCGGCAUAUCAUUUCAGAUUGUUCCAAAAAUCAAAACCCAUAUCUUUCAGUUUCCAUCGCCCGCUGUUCCUGUUCGGGUUCGCCGUUCGCAAGCUUCAGCCGUUGUCUCUCAACUCUCAAGCUUCCCCCCCCGCCCCCCCCCCCCCCCCCCCCCGCGCGCAACCGCUAACUUGUAUGUAUGGGUUUUGUUUUAAUAUUUUUUCUAAAUCAACUAAUCAAGGUCUGUAAUUCUUGUUUUGCAAACUAAAUCCCAAAAUCAAGUGUUUAUUUUGUGUAAAUCAUCGGAAAAGAAGGAGCUCGUGCCACCGAGGUUUAAUCUUGCCCCCAACUCUUUUAAUUUGUAGCUAUCUCUCUUUCACCCGAAUUUAUCGAUCGCAAUUCCUCACUCGUUCGAGAGAAGAAGCUUGUGGUCAUCAGAGCCAGAUCUGAGAGGAACGUCGCGAGCUCAUUCAGCACCUUCGUCACGUGGUGGUUUCUGAAAGAGAGAGAGAGAAUUCCAAAAUGCUGCAAAGUGUCCCACACCAAAUUGUUCAGUCACCAGCUAGGUUAGGUCUGUCUAACCCAAAUUCACCCUCUCUUCAAAACCCUACCCCUCCUAAAUUUUCCUCCCAAAUCCCACAAUCUCAUCACCCUCAUCAACAGUCGAAUUUGUCAACUGCCACAACAACCUCCUCAACUCUCCUCUCUCUCCUCCCGCCUCUCUCUAGAGCCCAAUCUCUUCUCCUUCAAAUGGCCUCCCUUUCAUCAAGACUAUUCGAAGUUUCGCCCAAUCGAUCCCAUUGGCUUGCUUCCUUCCGUGGCUCGCUCCCUACCUUUCUAUCUUCCCAGACCCUAACCUUAACGUCAACUCCACCAGACUCCUCUCCUUCCUCCACCAAAGAGAUCCUCUCCCUCUUCACAUCCCUUCAAACUCAGCUCUUUGAAGCUGUUGCUGAACUUCAAGAAAUUCUUGAUCUUCAGGAUGCUAAGCAGAAAGUAUCUCGUGAAAUUCGGUCCAAAGAUUCUGCAAUUCUUGCCUUUGCCAACAAACUCAAAGACGCCGAGAGGGUUCUUGACAUCCUUGUUGAUGAUUAUUCUGAUUAUCGCCGCCCCAAACGAUCAAAAACGGAAGAUGAUUCAGAAAGUUCUUGUACCACAACUGUUGCUAGUCAGCUGAAAUUAUCUGAUAUUUUAUCAUAUGCCCACAGAAUAAGCUACACAACUUUUGCACCGCCUGAAUUUGGUGCUGGGCAGGCUCCUCUCCGUGGUGCACUGCCACCCGCCCCACAGGAGGAGCAAUUGCGUGCUUCUCAGUUAUACAGUUUCUCUGACCUUGAUGUUGGUUUACCUAAAACAGUGGAAGCCAAUGAGAAAACAAUCGAACCAUUCAUCGAAGCUCCAGCUGCACAACCGGCAGAAUCCAAUCCACUUGCCAAUCUGGCUGCCAUUACGGGUCUGAUUCCACCAAAUAUUGUGGUUCCAUCUGGAUGGAAACCUGGGAUGCCUGUGGAAUUGCCAAGCACUUUACCUAUUGUUCCCCCUCCUGGAUGGAAGCCUGGAGACCCAGUUCCAUUGCCCCCAUUGGAUUCUCUUCCUAUUCCUGGUAGAAUUGAAGAACAACCCCCACGACCCAUUCCUGCUCAAAUUUUACCUAAUGCGCCUGAACCGAUACAGGUUCGGCAUGUCCAGCUUGAUAUUGAUGACGACAGUAGCGACUAUAGUAGUGAUGUGGGAAGCUCUGAUGAUGAAGAUUGACAGUCAGGUAGGAUGUAUGGCGUUUUAGCCUUUUAGGUCAUCAAUAUCGUUGAGGUACUUUAUGUAGGUAAUGGUUGGAAGUCGGACACAAAACUGUUUUUGAACACACUGAAUAUGUUAUGAUCCUUUUAUAUUCUGGUGUACAAUACCUGCAAAUUCUAUGACAUGGUAGGAAAAAAAUGGUUAGCAUUUGAAAACAUUGAAGUUGAUGAUUUAGCUUUUAUGCCAUAUGAGAGAAGCUAUAUACUGUGAUUCAAUAAUAAUAUAUUUCUAAAAGCAUGCAUCUUUUUCUUGCUCAAGCUAGAAACAUUAUCUAUUGUAAAUUUUGCAGUCUUAUGCUUCUAUCAAAUAAUCCAUAUUUGUGAAGCCUAGUAUGUACCCUGGUGUUGGCAAUAUCAUAGUAUGUCUCUUUGUAUUGGUCAGUUCUGUGUUAGUGUAAGAUCAAUUGCUAGUGUGUUUGAUCUUAUUUAUUGAAUUGCACUUUUAACAUACUUGGCAGCUUAUAUGUGAUUGAACCAAUCAAUCUUAGAUUCUGUUUACAUUUAUUUUCUGAUCAAUUUUCUUGUAAUGUAUUUGUGUCUUUCAAACAUGGUACUAAUCAGAGUCCAACAAUAAAUUAUUAUGAUCUUGCAGAAGACUUGGGUAACAAAUUCAGUGUGCAAAGUAUCCUUCACACAUGCACUAGAUUUUUGGCACCUUGGUCCUUUGGCUUAAUAGGAUUGACAAUGGUGGUUCAUUGCCGUUUGUUCAUGAAUUAACCACCAAAGACACUCCAUCUUCCCAUAUUCUUGUUUGUGUGUUGUUCUGCAUUACACACGUUUCCAUACUCUAUAAGGCCUCGUUUGGAUGGGAGGAUUUGGGGAUAGGGAAGGGAAAGAAAGGAUAAGGAAUGUUGUGUUUGGAUGGGAGGAUUUGAGAAGAUUUGGAGGGCAAGGAAAGUAGAUUUAGUGGCAUUUUCAUAAUGUCAAAACUAACCUCCAAAAUUAGAUAUAGAAAUUUGUUAUUCCUUUCAAGUCUUUAUAACAUAACAAGGGUAUGAUAGUAAUUUGGUUAUUCUCCUUUCUCUCCUAUGUUUUAUCCAAAAAAUAUAUAUUAUCCUUUUAUUUCUUUUCACUCCUUAUCUAUCCAAACAUGAAUAUAAAUUAUAGGUAUCAUCUCUUUUCUUUUGUGUUAUCCUUUUGUGUUUUCAAAGCAAACUUGGAAGUGUGCAUACCUGCUGCGGCUUCUAAGCCUUGAGAAAAAAGAGGGUGGUUGUAGGCGGUUGGGUAGAGUGCCAGCAUAAUAAAGUAAACACUAAGUCUGGCAUCUUUACUCUAAGUCUGGCAUCUUUACAUGUGCACCUGUUAAUCAUGAAUGAAAAUGUCGCAUUUGUGGAAUUCUCGCAUGACAACCACUCCAUCUCUCCCCCAUUCCCAGCAAACUUUCCGUCCUAAGGAUUGAUACUUUGAUUUUUUUUUUUUUUCUAUGCAUAAAUGGCCCCAUGUCAACUCUUUGGAACCCAAAUCUCUCCCUCUAAACAUGUAUCUCUCUCGCCGCUAGUAGAUAUCCUUCCCAUGGUCGGUCACUCUUCCUGGCAAGAGGAUGCAUAGUGUAGUUGACUGUAAGUCUUCUUCCCCAGCACAAACAAGUUUCUGCAAUUUUUUUUUCAACUAAACCCUUUAGCCCCUUCCACAUUCAAUUCAACCCACUAAUCUGCAUUAAAACUAACUGAAUUCAUGGUACUUUAAUGGUGAUCAUCAAAACAAAUCUAAAUAUUAAAAUUGAAAUCAUAUUUACCAAAAAAUUCAGGUUCAAGCAAUGCUUCGUCCUUGGUCUUGGGUUCUCCAUGUAUAUACAUUUGUAUAUGUAAUACAUACAUACAUACAUAUAUAUAUAUAUAUAUAUAUAUACAUAUAUAUAUAUAUAUAUAUAUAUAUAUAUAUAUAUAUAUAUAUUAUGAACCAGAUUGGAUGCUUUUGCAACUGUGAACGCCUUUAAAAUCACGAAUUCUUUGUCAAGAUCACUUCUCCUCGUGUUAUUUUAUCAGUACUCCUCUACAAAUUAUAAAAACGCUCAAUGCAUACCUUGAUAUUGUGAAAUAUCUAUUGCCUUUUUGCUCUUUGAAUACCAACUGUCUCGAGAGAGACAGAUUUCCACUUAUUGCUGCUUGAAAUGUGCUUUCAAUUUAUGUAGGGUGAUUGUUAGUAUUCGUUUCGAAAUUCUUUUAUGUUGCUGUUUGGUAUGAAGCUUAUAAAUCCUCGUAUUGAGCUUUAUGAACUUGGGAACAACUCAAAGAGAUUACAUGAAAAUUCAUGUCUUGUGUCUUGGAAAGUUGGUUUAAUACAUGCCAAUAGGAGCUAAUUAAUGCUUUUGGUCUGAAAGUGUCGAACACAAUGAAUGAAAGAAACUGGGGAAGGAAGAAAUAUAUAUAUAUUGCAGGAUAAAUAUAAUGCAUGCUAGUAUUGCUAGAGUUGACUGUAGGAUUUUUUCGUUAUUUCAAUCACCUGUAUUCCUCAUUAAGAAUUUAACAAUGGUGGGAUUUUUUUUGCUAUUUUAUCACUCUGCCUAACAAUGGUGAGAUUUUUGUCACUAUUGCAAUCACCCGUGACACAUUUAUCAUCUUUAUAUAUAUAUAUAAUUUAAAAAUUAGAUAGAGAAGAACGAAAAAAUAAAAUCAUGUAAAAUUAUUAAGAGGUUCAGGAAUAAACCAAGCUGUGAAGAAGUCAGGGUUUUUUACAAAUUUUUUCUGUUUGGAAUAGGGUUUUACAAUCUUUCCUUAAACCAGUUACAAUGAAACCCAGUAUCCAAACAAAUAAAAAAUCGCUAGCUAACCAAAACCCCACUACUCUGUUCUCUCACUCACUUCCAUUCACUACAACCGCCUCAAAUGGCCACCGCUGCCGCCCGCCCUCUCGUCACCAUCCACCACCUCGACUCCGACAUGGCCACUGACGGAGCCACCACCGCCCUCCCAUUGCCAGAUGUCAUUAAGGCCUUGAUCCGCCCCAAUCAAUUUGCUGAAACUCGCUCCUGGUGGUCAUCUUGGAAGGUUUGUUAUCUGGACAAAAUC